AUGGAAUAUCCCCUUCCCUCUGAGGUGCAUGCCAUCUCCUCGGAAUUACUCGACCUUCGCCCCGAUGCAGACAUCGACUUUGAUCUGCUGCACCCCCCGCCAGUCACGGGCGUCAAGAACAUUUGGUUCUUUUGGCACUCAGGCUACGAGCACAUGCAUCCGUACACACAGCGCAAUGUACGUGCAUGGCACCGCCGGUUCACUAAGCAAGGGUGGACGAUUCGCAUCAUGGACCGCCGAACAGGGUCGAAAAGCAAUGUCGGGAACUUCCUAGAUGUCACUGAUCCAGCCCUAUUCCCGCGCUGUUUUAUCGAUGAGACCAUUACCGGUGCCUACGCACUACAGCAUACUUCAGACCUUGUGCGCUGGCCGCUGCUCCUGCAGCAUGGCGGCGUCUACGCGGACGUGGGGAUGAUGCAGAUUGGCGACCUGGAUAAACUAUGGAAUGAGACCAUUGCCAAUCCGGACUCCCCCUAUGAGGUCCUCUGCUAUAGCGCCGGCGAUACCGACAGAUACAGCAUAUGCAACUACUUCCUCGGCGCGCUGCCGGAUAACGCGUUGUUCGCACGCUGCCAGAAGCUACUCCUCGCACUUUGGGGAGCCGAUGGCGGCAAAACGAGCACCGAUGGAAUGCAUGCCAGCCCGCUGCUGCGCGGAAUACCCCUGAUGGGGGGCGAUUUCACCAUCACCAACGACGAUGGAAGCUUCAUCGGGCCCGACGAGGUGAGCCGCAUGCUGACGGACUACAUCGUCCAGGGCCAGGCGGCCACGGCAGUAAUGGGACUGGUUGAUGCCCAGGACAGCUGGGACGGACCAGCGUAUAGUGUGGCACAUGUAUACGCCAUCGAGUUCAUCGAAGGAGCGCAGCUCAUCAACGAGUUCACGGCAUGGGAUGGACAAAGGGCAUUUGAUCUCAUGUCGCUCUCUCUGCCCAAAGACGGGGAACAAGAAUCCGAUGAACAAAGACAAGCCCGCGAGAUCGUUGAGGGUUGUCUGUCGCGCAGCUUCGGGUUCAAGCUUGCGCAUGGCCUUAUCCUACGUGUUAGCAAAGUUACUCUCGGCUCGCUGUGGCGGGACAACCCGGGCGUUGAUAUUGUGCCGGGCACAUAUGCGGCCUGGUUGCGACAUGGGAUUGUCUACUGGACUCAAAAUUCAGUACCGGGUCCAGUGGAGCUUCCGGUGCUCCCUCCGACAAAGGUUGGGCGGUUACUGGAAGAUACUGAAUAG